AUGGAAAAGUUACGAUCUUAUCAAGUACGGUUUGCCGAGUACUUGGAAAAGAAGAAUGUUGUUACUGAUUUCCUAAGCCUAUGUGAAACACGUUCUGGUAUCAGUAAACUGUAUUUGGCAUAUGGAGUGAUUGCGUUUUUGACACUGUAUUUAGUCAUUGGUUAUGGGACAGAUAUACUUACUCUACUUGUUGGUGCUUUGUACCCAGCAUAUCAGUCAGUUAAAGCCAUAGAAACUCAUGAGAAAGAAGACGACACAAAAUGGCUAACCUACUGGGUUGUUUUUGCUUCCGUUCAACUUUUCGAGGCCUGUACAGCAAUGAUGGUUUAUUACUUACCGUUAUAUCCCAUAAUAAAGUGCGCCUUUCUAAUUUAUUGCAUGAUUCCUAUCUCACAAAAUGGAUCCUUGCUUAUUUAUCGACGCUUGAUUCGACCUUUCGUUCUUGAACAUUCGGAAGAUAUAGAUUCAGUGUUAAACAGUACAGCUGGUAUUGCUGGGAACCUAGUGGAGAACGUUGUUCAAAAAUCAGUAGAAAAACAAUAA